AUGUCUUUCAUUUACUUUUUUUUUUCCUUCUCUUUCAUUUAUUUUUUCUUUUCCUUCUCUUUCAUUUACUCUUUUCUUUUCCUUCUCUUUCAUUUAUGUAUUUCAUUAACUUUUUUCUUUUCCUUCUCUUUCAUUUACUUUUUUCUUUUCCUUCUCUUUCAUUUACAUCUUUCAUUUACUUUUUUCUUUUCCUUCUCUUUCAUUUACUUUUUUCUUUUCCUUCUCUUUCAUUUACUUUUUUCUUUUCCUUCUCUUUCAUUUACGUCUUUCUUUUCCUUCUCUUUCAUUUACGUCUUUCAUUUACUUUUUUCUUUUCUUUGUCUUUCAUUUACUUUUUUCUUUUCCUUCUCUUUCAUUUACUUUUUUCUUUUUAAUCUCUUUCAUUUACUUUUUCUUUUCCUUCUCUUUCAUUUAUGUAUUUCAUUUACUUUUUUCUUUUCCUUCUCUUUCAUUUAUUUUUUCUUUUUAAUCUCUUUCAUUUACUUUUUCUUUUCCUUCUCUUUCAUUUACGUCUUUCAUUUACUUUUUUCUUUUCCUUCUCUUUCAUUUACUUUUUUCUUUUCCUUCUCUUUCAUUUACUUUUUUCUCUUCCUUCUCUUCAUUUAUUUUUUUCUUUUCCUUCUCUUUCAUUUACGUAUUUCAUUUACUUUUUUCUUUUCCUUCUCUUUCAUUUACUUUUUUUCUUUUCCUUCUCUUUCAUUUACUUGUUCUUCUCCUUCUCUUUCAUUUUUGUCUUUCAUUUACUUUUUCUUUUCCUUCUUUUUCAUUUACGUCUUACAUUCACUUUUUUCUUUUCCUUCUCUUCUUAGGUUUUUACUUUCUUUUCUGAUUUUUAUAUUUGUUAUUUUUUUUCCACCUUUCCUUCUAUCUGUACUUUCUCUCUAUUCUUUACACCACAUUUCUUUCCAAGAUUCUUUCAUUCUUAUCCUCCUAUUUUCAGAAAUAUUAUUUACUUCAUCAUUUCCCUUUCUUUCUCUUUCCUUUACCUCUUCUCUAAAUAGUUACUUUUUCUCAUUAUUAUUCUAA